AUGCCGAGUCUUCUUCUUCUGAAGAGGAAGCGGAGCCGGAGGAGGACCUGGGCUUCGACGACCCCUUCUUCGCGGCGGAAGAGACAUCCAAGAAGACCAAGACGUCCCAUCCGCAAGGAAGAGCGUCUGGCCAAGAGAGCGGCGCGGGAAGCCGAGGAGAAGGAGAAGGCAGAGUCGAAGGCGCAGCUGGAGCUUCUCAUGGCCGGUGAUGGUGAGGAUAAUGGCGACCACUUGGAUCACUUUGACAUGAACGAAAUCACGCGAGCCGAGAAGCAGAGCAAGAAAAAGUACAAGAAGAAGGGCAAGAAGAAGGAAGUCGAGCGGGCCGGUCUACAGGAGGGCUUCAAGAUGGAUGUUGGUGACGACCGUUUCAAGGCUGUCUUUGAGAGCCAUGAGUAUGCCAUCGACCCGUCGAAUCCCAAGUAUAAGGCCACAGAGGGCAUGCAGCAACUGCUAGAGGAGGGCCGCAAGAAGAGGAAGAAUGGCGGUGAUGCAGCGCCCGACGAACGCCAGGUCAAGAAGGUGAAGAAUGCCAAGAAGAGUGGCGAGGAACUCGGUGGUCUUGUAGAGGCGGUGAAGCGCAAAUCGGCCGGCAAGACGAAGAAGAGGUAA